AACCAAGACAAUAAAAUCUCUAGCCAUAGCCGGGUGGGAAAAUUCACGGUUUCACGUGUGUCUCUUUUCAGUAAGGAUAGUCCGACUCUCUUCGCGAUGGGCAGAAAGCGUCAAAGGAAAAAGCAAGGGAAGGCACCAAGGGCAGAAAAACCUCAAAAGGUUAACGAGAAUGGUGGGCCUCCUUUGUACACCGAGAUUGAAAGGAGCAACGAAGCAUUUGAGAAAUACUACAAGGCACAGAAUAUAGUACCUGAAAAAGAAUGGGAUGACUUCAUGGCUGCACUGCGACGUGGACUGCCCGUGGCAUUCAGAAUUACAGGAUUUCUUCCGGAAUCUAAACACUUGCUGAACAUAAUCAAAAGUCAGUACUUUGCAGAGCUUUUAAACGUUGGCGGAGAUGAAGAAAAGGCUGGGAAGCCAUCUAACCUCACGUGGUAUCCAAAUGAACUGGCAUGGCAGCUUGAUUUGUCUCGCAUCAUGAUACGGAAAUCUGAGGCUUAUGCACGACUCCACAGUUUCCUGAUAUCAGAAACAGACACAGGUAACAUUACACGACAAGAAGCAGUAAGCAUGAUUCCGCCUCUUCUACUUGACAUCCAACCCCACCACAAGGUUUUGGACAUGUGUGCUGCUCCUGGCUCCAAAACAGCUCAGGUGAUGGAGAUGCUACAUGGGCACGUGAACACAAUCCCUGAAGGAGUUGUGGUGGCCAAUGAUGUGGAUAACAAGCGCUGCUACAUGCUGGUGCAUCAAGCUAAGCGGCUCCACUCCACCUGCUGCCUUGUUACUAACCAUGAUGCAGCUGCCAUGCCGAACAUGUAUCUUUCUAAGGAGGAUGGAACCCAAGAGGUCUUGAAAUAUGACAGAAUUCUCUGUGAUGUUCCUUGCACUGGAGAUGGGACUUUAAGAAAAAAUAUUGACCUGUGGAGGAAAUGGAAUGUGGCUAAUGGAAACAGCAUUCAUGGCUUGCAGGUGCGCAUAGCACGCCGUGGCCUUGAGCUUUUGGUUGAAGGAGGUAUAAUGGUAUACUCAACAUGUUCCAUGAACCCCUUGGAGAAUGAAGCUGUGAUUUCAAGCCUUUUGCUCCAAUGUGAAGGAACGGUAGAGCUAGUUGAUGCCAGGAGCAGUUUGCCAGGCUUAGUGAGUAGCCCGGGCCUUUGUACAUGGAAAGUUUCCAGCAAAGAUAUGGCAGUUUACUCUUCAUUUGAUGAAGUACCAGAGAAAUACCAUACACAGAUCAGGGCACACAUGUUCCCUCCACCAUCAGACGUGGCUACGCAACUGAAAUUGGAGCGCUGUAUAAGAAUUCUUCCUCACCAACAAGACACAGGUGCAUUCUUUGUUGCUGUACUAAAGAAAAUUGCACCAAAGCUGCCAUGGGAAUCACAACGCAAAGACAAAGGCGUGGGAGAUGUUCCUGUUGAUCAUGAAGAAAAAGAGGAUACUAAAGAGGACAAAAGUGCAGCUCCAAGAAAGAAACGAAGAAUCCGGGGUUACAAGGAAGAUCCUUUUGUGUUCCUUUCAGAAGAUGACAAGAUUUGGAAAACCGUACGAGAUUUCUAUGAAGUGGACCCAACUUUUCCAAACCAGCAGCUGUUGGGCCGGUGUCAACAGGAGAGUAAACGCAACAUCUACCUUGUGUCUAAGACCGUGAGGAACAUAAUCGAAUUGAACAGUGAAAGAAUAAAGGUCAUCAACACAGGUGUCCGGGUUUUUUGCCGUUGUGAAGGCAAAGAAGAGUUGGCAUGUGACUUUAGGGUUUGUCAGGAGGGUCUUCCUACAGUGUUGCCUUACUUGAACAAGAGGAAGCUGACUAUGAGCAGGCAAGACCUUUAUGUGCUGCUUACAGAAGAAUAUCCACUUGAGUCCCAGUUUUCACCUGAACUUCAGGAGCAGCUGAAAGGCCUUGAAAAGGGAUGUGUGCUGCUUGUCUACACCUCAUUUCCAGGGACUGCAGAUGAAUUCGAGUUAGUCCUGGCUGGGAGAAGAGGAAAGGCAACACUGAGGUGUUAUGUAGCUAAGCAAGAAAGGGUUCACUACCUUCGUGUUUGUGGCUACGACGUUUCCGAGUAUGAAAAGCGUGACAGAAGGAAGAAGCCAGAGGACAGUCCCAACAUGGAGGUUUUAGGAGCUGGGGACUCAACCAAGGAUGCACAAGAGGCAGCACAAGAAAGAACAGACGACGGUUGUAAAGCACAAAACAAUGACUAAGCACACUUUUGGCAGCGAUCGCAA